UUCUGAACUGGCCGAGACCCGGUGAAAGAACAACCAGUGUAGCACUAAUAACAACAACAGACAUUAUCAACGAGCCUUCUCUGGUGGACGGAUUGCUCUGCUGACCAAGACCAUGAAACUCGCACCAUCUUCGUCAUUAUGCUGAGCAAGAACAAGACGUUGCAGAAUCAAUAUGUGUACUAUAUAAAACUAAAAUGUUAAGAAGAGUUUUAAUUCACUACGGUUUGGUGUAUCGUGGCGGUAACACGUACGCGUGGCAUUGAAUUUAAGCGAACCAAGAAUCAAGUACCUGCUCCGGGUUGAGAUCGAUGGACACUGUUCGGCUAUUAGAGUGGACCAUUCAAGUGACUACGAGGACAGUUGAAAAGUGAGUUGUGUUACUAGUGUCCGAGAUCUGUAUUUCUGGUGCUUUUGGAAGGAGUUCAUUAUAACCAGUGAAAAAUGUGGCACCUAAAAUACUUCGUAAUUAAAGCCGUUCUCAUUCUACUGGCUCGACCGGGAUUUGCGCAAUUUAAAAUACUCGGUAUCUCAUCUGGCCGUUCCAAGAGUGACGAAGGUGAAGUUGCGCUAGUACAAAUUCGACCAUUACAGCUAAACACAACGGAACCGGUCGAGUCGAGAUCGUUUGGAGAUGCCCCGAUAUCAAUCGCAAUUAGUACCAGCAAACCGGCAGCGACGACGACAGCGGAAACUAUUGAGGCUCAAACGAGCAAAAUCAUCAAGCUCCAAAUUAUGGACUCUUCGGUAGCUCGUAACAUCUCAUCGAGAGAGGGGAAACUUCAAUAUAGCAACCACCUUACCGACAACGACAUCAUAAACAUCGCCCCGCUGAGGCCAACCCCGGUACCGGCGAAUCCCACUUCCACCCAUCGUCGAAGGGCCAUAGGGUCAAUCAAACUCACCGGCGACUCUGAGCUAUUUUACAUCCACACACCUUCUUCGCCAGCGCCAUUCAAAAAGCACUAUCAAACAAAAGACAACGAUAUUACCGAUUUCGUGCUACAGCGUUAUAAGCGCCGUAAGUACAAAACCAAAUGCCGCUGUGAACGAAUCUGGAAUUGCCCACGAAUUCAACUGUCCGUGGCUAGAUGUGAUCCGGAUUACUUCAUGUGUUGCUUCUAACGAUGGUUAUGCAUCCGUAGAUAUUUAAGAGUGAUAAAUUAGACGUAGUACCGUAUUUAUAGUAAUUUAUAAA